AUGGGUUUGGUUACUGUCGAAGUCGGCGAGGCCAAACAGGGCGAAGGCGCCCCAAGAAGAAGAGCCGCUCAGAGAGAUGCUCCUUUGGAAAGACCAAUUGACUCCAAGGCCACCACCCUCCCCGAAUUCUUUGAGGAGUGUGUCAAGAGAAACGGUGACCGUAAGGCCAUGGGCUGGAGAGAUUUGAAAGAGGUGCACAUUGAGACCAAGCAGGUGACCAAGAUUGUCGAUGGCGAGGAGACCAAGGUAGACAAGGACUGGGAGUUCUUUGAGAUGGCUCCUUACAGGUACCAGCUGUACCCCGAGGUGCUCAAAUUGAUCAAGCAAUACGGUCACGGUAUGGUUGAGAUUGGUAUCAAGCCUAACCAGGAGAACAAGUUGCACAUCUUUGCCUCCACCUCCCACAAGUGGAUGAAGACCUACUUGGCCACUCAGACCCAGAACAUCCCAAUUGUCACUGCCUACGACACUUUGGGUGAACAAGGUUUGACCCACUCCUUGGUGCUCACUGAGUCCAACGCUGUGUUCACCGACAACAAUCUUUUGAGCCAAUUGAUCAACCCCUUGAAGAAGGCUGAGAAUGUCAAGACUAUCAUCCACUCUGACAAGAUUGACCCUGAGGACAAGCGUGCCGGUGGCAAAUUCUACAAGGAGGCCCAGAAGGCCAAGGAGGAAAUUGAGAAGAUUCGUCCUGACAUUCAGUUUAUCUCCUUCGACGAAGUUGUCGAGGCUGGUAAGGACAAGGCUUCCGAGGACAUCAAGUUCACCGCUAAGCCUGAGGACACUUCGUGCAUUAUGUUCACUUCUGGUUCCACUGGUGAACCUAAGGGUGUUCUUUUGACCCAUGCCAACAUUGUUGCUGGUGUUGCCGGUCCUUCUACUUGUGCAGGCAGAGACUUGGUCACCAAGAACGAUCGUGUCAUUGCGUUCUUGCCAUUGGCCCAUAUUUUCGAGUUGGUCUUCGAACUCCUCACCUUCUGGUGGGGUGGCUGUCUUGGUUACGCCAAUGUUAAGACUUUGACUGACGCUUCCGUUAAGAACUGUAAGUCUGACUUACAAGAGUUCAAGCCAACUAUCAUGGUGGCAGUCGCUGCUGUGUGGGAGACUGUCAAAAAGGGUAUCUUGGCCAAGGUGAAGGCCUUGCCCAUUGUCACCCAGAAGAUCUUCUGGGCUUCCUACAAGGCUAAGACCGUCUUGAACAACAAUAAGAUCCCUGGUGGCUCUAUCUUUGAUAUUGUUUUCAAGAAGGUGAGAGCUGCUACUGGUGGCUGCUUGCAUCACGUUUUGAACGGUGGCUCUCCAGUCUCCAGAGACACUCAAGUAUUUAUUUCUACCUUGAUCGCCCCAAUGUUGAUUGGUUACGGUUUGACUGAAACUUGUGCUAACUCGAGUAUUCUCGAGCACAACAAGUUUGAAUUCGGCUCUGCUGGUACCAUUGUCGGCUCUGUUACUGCUAAGUUGAUCGAUGUCGCUGAGGCAGGCUACUUUGCCAAGGAUAACCAAGGUGAAAUCUUGUUGAAGGGUGCUCCAAUUACUAAGGAAUACUACAAGAAUGCUAAGGAGACUGAGGAGGCUUUUACUGAGGAUGGCUGGUUCAGAACCGGUGACAUCGGUCAGUGGGAUUCCAACGGUGCUUUGCAAAUCAUCGACAGAAGAAAGAACUUGGUUAAGACUGCCAAUGGUGAGUACAUUGCCUUGGAGAAGUUAGAGUCUGUUUACAGAUCCAACUCUGUUGUUUUGAACAUUUGUGUCUACGCCGACCAGAACAAGGUCAAGCCCAUCGCUAUCGUCAUUCCAAACGAGGCUCAUUUUAAGACUCAUCUUCAAGAUGACAAGGUGUACUCCGAAUCCGAAUUGCAGACUAAGGAGCUUGCUUCUUUAUGCCAUGAUAAGAAGGCCAUCAACUCUGUUCACAAGGCAUUGGUGGCUACUGGUAAGUCCCAAGGCUUGAAGGGUAUUGAGUUGAUCCAGAAUGUUGUCCUCGUCGAUGACGAAUGGACUCCUCAGAACGGCUUCGUGACCUCGGCCCAGAAGUUGCAGAGAAGAAAGAUCUUGGCAGCCUACAAGGAGGGUGUCGACAAUGCUUACAAAUAA